AUGGAUUCUAUUGAAGAUGAUGAUGAUUUUCAUUAUCCUUUUAAAACGACGACGACAACAACAACGUCCACAACUACUACAUCAACAACUACAACCAAUCAAUUAGGUAACGAUAUAGAUAUGAUACCUAUAAAUAACAAUAUUGAAAAUAAUGAUAUCAACGGUAGUAGUAGUAGUAGUAAGAAAUUAAUAAAUGAAGAACAUUGUCCUAUUUGUUUAUCUGAAAUAGAAGAUAUUACAUUUCUUGAUAUAUGUUUUCAUCAUUUUUGUUAUAUUUGUAUAUUACAGUGGUCAGAGAUAUCUGGUAACUGUCCACUUUGUAAAUCUAAUUUCCAGUCAUUAAUUCACGAUGUAAAAUCAAACAAAGAAUAUAAAAGACAUUUAAUAAAUAAUAAAAAUAGUAAUAACAAUGCUAAUAAUAGUAAUAAUAGAAGAUUAAAUCAUCAACAACAACAACAACAACAGCAGCAAAGAAUUUUCAUACCAAAUAACAAUUCAAAUACAAGCUCACAUGAAUUUAGAAGAAGUGUAUAUGCGAGACAGAUUAAAGCAAUACCGAUGGUACCUCCUUUCAAGUUGUAUCUAAGUCCACAAAUGAUCAGUGCAAACUAUAGCAGGUGGAAAAGCAGGUUAUCACCUUGGAUCAAAAGAGAGUUACAGGCAAUACUACAAACGGAACAAGUAGAUAUCCUUGAAGAGAUGAUACUCUCACUUCUCAAGAAACAUACCAUCGACAGUGCCAUCAUCAUCGAUACUCUCAAGCGAUUUCUAUUCGAUAAAACAGAUCUAUUCUUACAUGAACUACUAUGUUUUGCAUGUAGUCACUAUAAUAUACAAGCAUACGAUCAAAAUGUAACAUAUCAUAGACUUAAUAAUAAUAAUAAUAACAAUAAUAAUAGUGAAACACAAAAGAGGAAAAGAGAUAUUGAAGAUAAUAAUAAUAAUGUUGAUGAUAUUAUUGAUGUUGAUGCUAAACCGCUGACAGAUUACAUGAAGAAUUCGAAAUCUAUAUUCUCUGGUCAUAUACCACCAAUUCUUAAUCAAAUCAUUUUGGAGAAGGAAAGAGAGGAAGACGAGACCAUCAGGAAUCAGAGAUUAAAGCGAUUACUCCGAUCUGGUGUAUCUAAGGAACCGAAUUGGUGUGAACUCUCCAAGGAUAACCAACUGCUGACUGCAACCAUCAGCACUCUCAAUAGCAAUAUCCAAGAUUUCGAAAGUUUGUUAAAUCCAACCACCAACACUCUACAGUCAUCAACAUUGUCAACAUCAACAUCAACAGCAGCAACAUCAGUAGCAUCUACAACAACAUCAUUUCCUACCAGUAGUACCGAAAGCAGAUCUUUUUUCCACACAUUUGAAAAUCAAAAAUAUCACAAAAACAACAACAAUAACGACAAACUGUAG